AUGAGAUACAAGUGUCUAAGUUUUCUGAGACACUAAGGCAUCCACCUCUAAGUCUAUGGCUGCCUUCUAUUCAAGUACAUGUGUAGCCUCAACAUAUGAUUGUGGAAUCGACUUGAAGACCACAGAAAAAGUAAAGGUACGAAAAGAAGGAGAAAGGUAGUCGUAGGAAACAAAGUGGGAAAUAGAGUAUAUGGUGCAUGCACGUGUAUGUUUGCAAAGAGCAAUAGGAAGAUGAAGGCCAUCCACCUGAGUGUCAGAAGAGACAACCAGAGGAGGCUCGUUGGCAGAGAGUGAAGACGAAUUUGAUCCUAGAGUAGAAGAGUUGGAUGGUGACAAAGCUGAAGGUGUCAAAGGAGAAGUUGACGAGGUUGAGAAACUAAACAAGUAGGGAAGAGUAGGAGAGGGAUUUGUAAUGAUCACCACAAGAAGUAAAUCAGGUGGUGAAGAUGUAGUGGAUCGAAGAAGAGUCGAUGUUGGAGAAAAGAAGGAAAAGUCCUCAUGAAAAGUAACAUCAACUAAUAUCACAUAGUGACGAGUAUCAGGAAAAUAAACUCAAUAACCCUUUUGUGUCUGUGAGUAACCAACAAAGACUCUUUUGAGAGCACAAGGGGUCAGUUUAGAAAGAGAAGGAGAGUGAUCUUGGACAAAAGUAAUGCAUUCAAGGACACGAGGAGGUAAGAAAAAAAAAGAAGAAUUAGGUGAAAGACGAUGAAGUGAAAUAACCCCACCAAGUAGAACUGAAGAAAGUUGAUUCUAAAGAUAUGUGACUGUCAAAAGAGCGUCAGACUAUAG